AGCCGUGCCCAGCAGGUUCCGGUCCCCAGCCCACCCCGCCCCGCUUCCCGCCCACCCACACUUGAGCCUGCGCGGCGGCGCCAGCCUUUUACGACCAGCCGGAAAGCAGCUGUCGCAGCGACCUAACGUGGACCGGGCCGCUAUGGGGAAAAUCGCGCUGCAGCUCAAAGCCACGCUGGAGAACGUCACCAACCUCCGGCCAGUGGGCGAGGACUUCCGGUGGUACCUGAAGAUGAAAUGUGGCAACUGUGGUGAGAUUUCAGAGAAGUGGCAGUAUAUCCGGCUGAUGGACAGUGUGGCACUGAAAGGAGGCCGAGGCAGUGCCUCCAUGGUCCAGAAAUGCAAGCUGUGUGCGCGGGAAAACUCCAUUGACAUCUUGAGCAGCACCAUCAAGUCUUACAACGCUGAAGACAAUGAGAAGUUCAAGACAAUAGUGGAGUUUGAAUGUCGGGGCCUUGAACCAGUAGACUUCCAGCCCCAGGCAGGCUUUGCUGCUGAAGGUGUGGAGUCAGGGACAGUCUUCAGUGACAUUAAUCUGCAAGAAAAGGACUGGACGGACUAUGAUGAAAAGGCGCAGGAGUCUGUGGGGAUCUUCGAGGUCACCCAUCAGUUCGUGAAGUGCUGAGCUGUCUUCCUGCAAGCUUGUCCCUAAUGACUAAGAGGAGACCAAGUUCCCCGGGGAAGCAGUCCCCACGGGGCAUGUCAUCUCUACUCUCGGCACUUACCAAGCCCUCACAGUCUGCAUGCUGGGGAUUGUCACGGCUCUAAGUCCCACCAAUAAAGCCCCCGUUGGUGCCACAGCGCUGUGUGAAGGUGGUCUCUCGGGCCCAGAGUUCCUGCAGCGCAUACAGGGAUCUCUGGGUACAGUCUGGGACCACAAAGAAAAUACCCUCCUGUCUACCAGCUAACAGGGAUUUAAUCUCAAAGAAAUUUAUAACAAUGGAGAAUACUAUUAAGCUUCGCUGAACAUCAUUAAAGACAUAAUGAAAUAAAAAUGUCAUUGAAAUUGCAA